AUGGUAUCAGCCUUUAGCAAUCAUGAAAAGAAGGGAAAAAAAGGACAGAAAAAUCAGAUAUCUGACUUGGACGAGUCAGAUUUUGACCGAGACAAAGGUGUCAGUAAGAUACUAAAGGCCAGAGACUCGAGCAGUGCACACCAAAGGCCAGGGCCCAAUGGGUCAUUGCUCUUUUUUUUUUCCAGCGACACAAAUUUGUGUUCAUGUAGAUGCAUGAAUAGUGAAAAACAGGCAAAAAAAAAUGAGUGCCCUCAGAAGGAUGUAAUGAUCUUGUAUAAGAGAAUGAAUUUGGUUGGGUUCAAACCCUGUCUCAUUACAUUCAACAUUUUGAUUAACAGUUGUUGUCAAUCCAAGAAUACUGACACUGGGUUCAGCUUGUUUGGGGGUGUUCUAAAGAGGGGUUAUCAUCCUGAUGUAUAUACUUUCACUUAUUUGAUCAAAGGGUUGUGUUUGCAGACGAAGAUUCAUUGUGCCAUGAAGCUGUUUGACAGAAUGAUUGAGAUGGGAAUUGAACCGAAUGAAUGUACAUGUGUAGCUUUAAUAACUGGGCUGUGUAGAACAGGCAAUAUACAUCUUGCUCUUAAGGUGCAAAACAACAUGGUUAGAUGGAACAACUUUGAGCCGAAUGUUUAUUCCUAUUGUGUUAUCAUAGAUUCUCUAUGCAAAGGAGGUUUACUGGACGAGGCAUUGAAUCUGUUUUUGCAAAUGAUAAAUGAUGCGAAGAUAGCAUUGAAUGUUGUAGUUUAUAACACGUUGAUUAAUGGUCUUUGA